ACUGGCGCUCUCCAACCUCACAACCCACUCCAACACAGUUAUUCUAUCAACAAAUAUUCCCUACAAAUUCUAAUCGUCAAGAAACGAUUCCCUUCGUUGAGCUUGCCCUCCGUGCUGGGAAUGCCAUCCUUCGUAACCGUGGCAGCUCUUGUUGCCGUACUCCAUGAGCAUACCAAGCAGUUUUCGACACACUACUCUGUCGAACGUGGCAUGUCAGCGUCUCAAUCCAUCACUUCAAUAGACGCCCGACCAGCAGUCGUUGAAACGAGCAAGCAGCAACCGGCAUUCAUUGACCGCCCAUUGAACCUCGGCUAGUCAUAUUUGUCACUUGCGCAGCGGACAAUCGCGAACAAAUGUACCGAUCGGGCCAGAAUAUUCACCCGCAUUUAACUGGUCCGCUCUUUGAACGUCGGCGGGUAACAUUAACUGAUUCGGAAGGAAGGCCCUCCCCACUUCACCUGACGUCCUUCUGUCGGCGGCCACUCGUACACCCAUCCAUCUUGAGGUGUUCCUUGAUCCGUACUAUGACUCCGUCCCCGGACGACGCUGGGCCUCUCCCUCUCGUGUAUAUGUCAAGGUUUCAUAAGCAGAUUGUCCGCUUAUUUCGUAUCCCGCGACUCUCGUUCGCUAGAGUUACUCUAAUCCACCGCCAUGCAUCGCCCAUUAUCGAGAUGAGGCUACUCAACAGGUUGCAUGUGACCGUGGACGCAAGAUUUGCCCCUUGAUCAACCUCUCGGACGCACGUCAUGGACACACCACAUCGAUAUUCGGAGGGCAUGUCGACCACGACAUAUAAUCUGUGUCGGUGGCGGUAUGAUUUCUAAUAGGAUACCCAAAGUGCGACAUCUGUAUUCGACCUUUAUGAGGACGUUCAUUGGGAAGAAGAACCAUGUCUGAUGGAGCCUCUCUUUCAUCGGCAUGCGAAUAGCAUUGCGGGCUCUCCGUAUGUCUCCCUUCGGAAGUAGUGGACCGUCGACGAGUUCUCGCUGGAUGCGGAAGUCUGGGAAUUGGCGACGAAUCAAGUGAAGGCAUUGGAGGAAUAUCCCAAAGUAUCUCGUCGGAGGUAUAUUCAUUCCGGAUUCUGGGGUGUGACAGCUCUUGUUCGAGCGGAGCUAUGCUUGUCUUACCGCGAGCGUGCACCAGACUUGGGACCAUGCCUUCUGGUCACCGUCGUACAAUUGAAUUUUGAGUUUCGACAAGGUGGUUCGAAUCAUGCAUGAUUUCGGCACGCUUGGUAAGUUCAGCGCAUUGCGAAUCGUCUCUGCAAGUGAGAACCCCCCGACACUUGCGGCGGGACGCUGGAUCAUUGUGCAUACAGGAUCGUCUCUGCGGACGGGGAACUCUACGGACCCAUGCUGCAAGAAUCGUCUCUGCGAGACCGCUGGUCGGCCGGCCCGCGCAUUGAGAAGCGUCUCUGCGGACAGGGAACUCGGCCGGCCCACGCAUUGAGAAGCGCCUCUGUGGAUGGGGAGAACUCGGCGGAACCACGCUUCAAGAAUCGUCUCUGCGGACAGGUUAGGUACGUGUUUGAGGCAAUUGCAAUGACAUGUAGCAAGCAACGACGACUUGGAGUCUACUCGGAGUAGGUCUUCCCGCUCGCUCCCGUACUGGUGAAGUUCGAGUUUGACAAAGUACGGGCUUGAAAGAUACGGUCCUUGCUGGUUAGGGUUAGGUACGUGCUUGGACGGCAAAACGCAGUGACACGCAGCAAGCAGCGACGACUGGGAGGGUAUCGCGAGUAGGCCUUCCCGGUCGCCCCCAUCUUAGUGGGGUUCGAGUCGGUAAGUGCACAUUAGUGCAGAAUAUCACGUGACUGCAUGCGGUCGGCUGGAUGAGGGAGGAGAUGUCACGUGAUAUUCUGCACCAAUGUGCACUUACUGUACGUGCUAGCUUAUCAGAAAAACCUAAAGGCUCAAGUUCGGAUCCCGAGUGAAGGCAGUGCGAACCAGUCAAUGACGGCCGCGAUGAUGUGGAAGGCCGCGCAAGAAACAGUAUGUACCAUUGCCGAAAGGGAAACGCGUAGUGCCAGGAUUGCUUGCAGGUAAUCAUCUGCGCGGGCCUGAAAAGGUUAGCGCACGGCACUUCUCGCAGGUAAUCGUCUGCGCGGGCUUGAAAAUGGCUAGUGCAUUACAUUUGGAUGCAAGAGGGUGAACCGAUUGAACACAUGCAAUCGGAACCCAAUAAACCCUUAAAUAUAGUCUUGUGCUGCGAAACGCAAAUCCUCGGAGCGAUGACCAGAAGACGCAGUUGUAGAAUAGAACGCGCAGGUAAGAAUGAGCUAUGACUCUCUACGCGGACUUUGCAGGGUUCUAGACAUGCGAAUCCAAAGAGUCGCAUCACCGGCAAGAAAUUUAAGAAGACAGCGGCCUACAACUGAAGCGGUUAGCCCACUGCGACGCGGAUGGGAUCGCACGGCAACCCACCCAUAGAUGGGCCCCUCACGAUCCUCUAAAAAUCAGAGAAGGAGGAGGAUGGAAACGACCGACGGCUGUAUACGCACCGCGGCCCGAAAAGUUGGUUAUCCUGUUUGUCGUGCUUGUUUAUAAGGUAAGUCUUACAGUGCGUCUCUGAUGAUCGGGACGAAUAUCAUGGAGCUUGAGGUACGUAAAAAACUAUAGACUGUAAUCCAUAGUGUGACGCAGACGCUGGAUCGGCAAACUGUCCCCUCGUCAUGGUAUCCCUCCUUCGUAGCCUCUUCAGAGGUCGCGCCACGGGAGGUUGUAUUACCACUCCUCGGGGGCCUCUCCGGAGGUGACGGGAUGGACGGUCAACCGCAAAGCGCAGUUUUUGCGAUCUGCUGGCGCAUUGUGUCGCAACCCGUCAUCACCCGGGGGUCGUGCGGUUUACCCCUCAGGGUGAGUCCUCAUGAUGAGUCCUCUGUCCGCGGAUGCUGGCGGAGGACAUCUAAAAGAUAAACAUUCAAGUCUUGGAUUGUGAAGCGAAUUUUCGUGGAACGAAUGCGUGAAAGAACCCCAGUCAUGCCGUUACGGGACGCCCUUUGGAAUACUGCUCUGGCAGGACAAAACAUCUUGAAACCUAUGAUGUUCCUGCUGCAUUAUUGCAUUUGUAAAAUUGGGCGUUCCGUGAGGAAGACAGCGCGUUACUGUGAAUGUGUCGUGCAUGGUAGUUCUCGUUGAGGAAUUGUGAAGAUGCACGUUAUCUGCAGAAUAGAUACUAUUCAAUGUUGGUGACUUGCACAAAAUGUCUAUGCAGGCUGCCAAUAACACAUGUUUGCAAUGCAUUGCGAGGUAAACAGAGACAGAAUGACAAAGCA